AGCUGCUACAGCAGAGAGGAGGUCCACAUUUAUUCACUCACUGGAAGUCGGCCAGCAGCCUCACAAGAAGCUCCACAUCCAGCCGGCUUCACCUCUGGACUCAUGAUGCCUGAAAACAUCUGCAGCCGACCGGCGUGUGAAGCCUCCAGAUGUGGCGGGACCGUCCUGAUGGGAAAGCGUUAACGCCGGAGCUGCUGCGUUUUGUUUAUUUUUGUUUUUUGUGAGUUGAUGGCUGCUUGUGGCUGCGCGCCGGAGCGAAGUGCUUGCCUCAGGAUUUGUAGUCGAGGGAGGGGGGCAUGAGAAGCAGCUGCAAGAGGAGGACGGGUUGCACUGCAGCAUCAGACUGGCAUCUCUUGUUCUACAUUUUUUUCCCCCGCUUGCCCGUCGAGGUUGCACAUAUGCAGCAGCAUCAGCAGCAGCAGAGCCCGGCUGCAUUCUGCAUGCACCGACGCUUUCCUGCUACUUUAAGGACGAGCCGCUCUGCCCGCUGAGCCACAAAAGAUGCUGAUUUAAGAAGACUGGGCGCUUUGUUUUUGGAGCAACUUCUGGAUUAGCAGCGUUAAAGGGAAAGAAAAGAAAAGCGGACGACAGGAUGGCGGCAGCAGCGGCGUCCAGCUGAGGCCGCCUCCCCUUCUCCAGUCCAAACAUGAACUCCUCCUCCGACGCCAACCAAAGUGGCUCUCCCCCGUUCUGCCUGCUGGGCGCCGUGGGUUACUCCCGCAGCCUGGACACUUGUGUGCUGGAGGUGGUCGUCAUCCUCUUCCUCACUGUGCUCAUCAUCGCCGGCAACCUGGUGGUGAUCUUCGUCUUCCACUGUGCCCCUCUGCUGCACCACCACACCACCAGCCACUUCAUCCAGACCAUGGCCUACGCCGACCUGCUGGUGGGUGUCACCUGCCUAGUGCCGUCGCUGUCCCUCCUCCACUACCUCCGCGGCCUGAACGAGGAGCUCACCUGCAAGGCAUUUGGCUACAUGGUGUCGGUGCUGAAGAGCGUCUCCAUGGCGUCGCUGGCGUGCAUCAGCGUGGACCGCUAUAUCGCCAUCACCCGCCCGCUGUCGUACGCCACGCUGGUGACGCCGUGCCGCCUGCGGGUGUGCAUCGUCCUCAUCUGGAUCUACUCCGCGCUCAUCUUCCUGCCGUCCUUCUUCGGCUGGGGGAAGCCCGGUUACCACGGGGAUAUUUUCCAGUGGUGUGCCGACUCGUGGAAGACCAACCCGGGCUUCAGCACCUUCAUUGUGGCGCUGCUGUACGCCCCAGCGGCGCUCACAGUCUGCUUCACCUAUGGAAGUAUAUUCAAGAUCUGCCGGCAGCACACCAGGGAGAUCACACAGCGCCACGCCCGCUUCAGCUCGCAGGCGGACGGCGAUAAAGGCGAGCGUGGCGAACGCUGCGAGGGCUGCCCUGACAAACGCUACGCCAUGGUGCUGUUCCGCAUCACCAGCGUCUUCUAUGUGCUGUGGAUGCCGUACAUCCUCUACUUCCUGCUGGAGAGUGCUGGCCUCUAUCACCACAUGGUGGCGUCCUUCCUCACCACGUGGCUCGCCAUCAGCAACAGCUUCUGCAACUGUCUCAUCUACAGCCUCUCCAACAGCGUCUUCCGGAAAGGCCUCGGCCGCCUCUUCAGCCCGCUGUUCCCCUCCUGCCUCGGCUGCACCGACGCCAAGAAGGCGCCGGCGCCCGUCAGCCUGCGACCUGACCCCCGCUGCCAGGUGUGACUGGACUUUUGGAUCCUCUUUGGUCGUUUCGGUUCGUGCUUUGCUCUCGGCUGCUUGACAGAAGGCCUUUUUGGUCCCGAGGCGUGUUGAGGACCCUCCACGGAGCACCGGGGUGUCCUUGCAGAUGCCCAUCGGUCCUUUCAGAAGGCUGAUUUCCGUGGAAGCUGUGAAGUUCCUCAUGGGACAAAUUCUCGACACGGAGUAUCGACGAUUGAUUUGCGUCAGCUCGGAGGAUUUGCUAAACUCUCCUGCCUGCACUGAUCUCAGAACUCCCGGAUGCAAAAAAACCCCCCAAAAAACAGGAAAGCACACUGCGCUCUCCGACCCACUGAGAUGCAAAAAAAGAGUGAAAAAUCUGCAAAUUCAAAAAUCUUUCAGGGUACAACUAGGUGUUGCAAAAAACUAUAAAAGAAACAGAUCUAUUUCCGUUUAGGGAGCUCCAGAUGCUAAUGAUUGUGUGAAAAGUCGUUCGCCCAGAAAUCAUCCUGAUAAUGAGCCUGUGUGUGAGUUAGAAACGGAGCUCAUUUCCCAGAGAGGAGAUUGAGGUUUAUUUGGAAGCUUCUGGUGGUUUUAUUAAAAGGAUUCCUUGCUUGUGAAGUCGAAGCUCCGAGUUUAUCACCCGGUGUCGGGUUUCGCUGAAAAAAACAUUGAUUUAGCUUUACUCUCCGAGUUUUCCAUGGCUCUCGCGAAAGAGACAAUAAAUAGUAUUUAUUUAGAGAGAUUUCCUCUCCGUCAUGUUUCAUCCUCAGGUUUAUCGGCGGUUCUUUUUGAGCCUCUUGCCUUUUUUUUAUCUCGUCUGAAACAGAACACCACUCUAAAAUCACAAGCCACGUAGCGUUGUAAGAUAAUCAACUUGAACUGAUGCAAACUUCACUGUCGUCUCUUUAACUUCACUGCACGUGUCUCUCGUCAUCGCUGCUCAGAUCGGUUUUAAAGCAGAAGAGAAGCACUUUUCUGAGAGCUUGUAAAUACACUUAGAGUGUCGGUGUUUGAAGUGUGGCUGUCUGGUCCCGGUGGGGGUUUGUAGUCCACCUCCAGAUGAUCUCCUGGAUCUGUUCUUUUUAUUUAUUUGUCGCAGCUGAGAGGUCUGACGCGCUGCACUCGAACCUGUUUUUUAAUUUACAAAGAUGUUGGUUUUAAAGUCACGAUGAAAUGACGUUUCUGAGAGCGUCUUGCUCCUGAAUUUACUCCUUUAAAGAAGCUGAAUGUGAUGGUUGUGGAUUAAAAGCUCGCCCAGGCCUUUCUGUGCCGUUGGUCUUUCAUGAUUUGGGCUCUUUUGAUCAUGAGAGGGAAGAUACAGCAUUUGCUCGGUCUUUAAAUCAUGCAUUUUGCUCUCUAUUAAACCACUACACUGAAAGAAAUUGGUAUUUUCCUCGAUAUCAGCAUGCAGAAUAUGCAGUAAAUCACAAGACUAAAAGUAACUGAAGGGCAAACCGCAGUCGCUGCACUCUGCACUGUUGAGAUGUGGUGUGAUUUAUUUAUCGGUGGGUUCGUUUAACGGUGAACUUACAGUCAGCUGCUAUGAGUUCAGAUAAAGGACCCGCUGUCUGAUGCACCGAAGCCUUCGUCAUUAAGAAACUGUCAGAUGAGCCUCAGCAAAAGGUCUGUUUUUCGUUAUGUUGUGUGUAAAUGCCAAAUAAGAUCCUUUUUAUGGAUCUUUGGGGGUGAUCGAUAUGGGAUUUGUAGGCCCAACAUCUAAAAAUGAAAAGAUAGAAUAACACAAACUUCAACACAAAACUUUGUUGCUUUUGUUUUUUUUUAAAUAUUUAAAUUUAUCCUGCAGUGUUGAUUGGCUGUUAGCGCUAUAGCCAAUUAUAUUGUGCUGUUGGCGGGACUUUGCAUUAGCAUAGCAUUUUUAAAAUCUAUUUUCAUCAUCAGUUGGUUACAAAAUACAACAAAUUAAUAAUCUUGAAUGUUGGAUUCAAUAAUAAGUCAAAAUACAUGAUAAUAACUGAGAAGUAACAAAUUUGGCUAGGCUAGUUAGCUCGCCUGGCUUACCAAAGUGGCAGUACCUGCAGAACAAUUCACCUGGCUUAUUAUGGUUGAAUUGCUUUUAAAUCACAUAUUUAAAUAGUUUAUUAAUUUAUUAUAUUGAUUAAGGUUGUAGUCAACCAGAAAAGAUGUUGGUCCCUUCAACCAAUCGAUUGAUUGGAGGGAAAAGCUAACCAGACUUAUGGCUAACCAUUUCAGCCUAAUUGUUAAACAUUUAAAGGCCGUGUUUGCAUCAAAUUAAAUCAUUUGAUGUCUGGUUAUAUUACAAUUUCUUAAAAAAAGAACUGUACCAACUGGUGGUCCAGCACAAAAACUAUUAAAGAAUGUAAAAUAGGCAAGUUAGCUGCUGUUUUUAGAUCUAUCGUGUUUGUUGUUGAACUGAGAUACACAAAGUGCAGUUUGUCAAGUUUAUACUUGAGUUUUUGUCCAUAAAUUUGAACAAAAUGCAGCAACACUAACUUAUUUGACAUGGUUUCAGUUAGCUUGGAGCUGAGUAAACGUGCAUUAAACCCAUUAAGUUGGGUCAGUUCAAAGUUAUGAAAACAUGGGGGAUGUUUACAGAUAGUUUGUUCUUCCUGCGACCAGAAAUAAUGGAUUAAUCCUAGAAGGGAGGUUGAUAAUGUAGCGCUUUUGUGCUUAUUUAAGCAACACCGGCAAUUGUCCAACCAAUGAGAAGUUGGUCAGAUCAGAGCAUAAUGACCAACAGUUGACCUAGUAUGUUAAAUUUUGAAAUCUGGCCCAUUUUUCCAUCCAUUUGAGGUUUCAGAGUGAGUUCGUAACUGCUGAAGAAGCUAAAACUGGUAUUAUAGCGGAGCUCUAAUUGGCACUUUUAUUUGUAAUAUUGAUAAUAGUGAAAAGUCUGCAAGUUUGAAUCAGUUGGCCACAAUAUUCUUUGUUAAUUACCACAUAAAAAGACCAAUUAUUUUUUUGAUUCCAUGUUAUCAAAUAUGAGGACUUUGCUGCUUUUCUCUUGGGACAGUACAGUCAUUGACAAUUUGGUUGAAUCAGAGCAUAAAGACCAACAAAUUAACAAGUCGACCAACUAUAUCAUUAAGUAAGUUAGAUUUCUGGGAAUAUCUGCCAUUUUUCCAUCCAGUGGAGGUUUUAAAAUGAGUUCCUAACUCCUGCAGAAGCUUUGUAAUAUUGAUAAUAAAAAAAAGUAUAUUCAUUUGAAUCAGUUGGCCACAAUAUUCUGUGUAAUUUACCACACAAAAGACCAAUUAUUUGUAGGUUCCAUGUAAUCAAAUGUGAGAAUUUGGCUGUUUUUCUCUUGUGAUUGUCCAACCAAUGACAGUUUGGUCGAAUCAGAGCAGAAAGACCAACAAAUUCACCAGUCGACCAACUAUAACGAUUAAUAAGUUAGAUUUUCGGGAAUUUGUCCCAUUUUUCACAUCAGUGCAGGUUUUAAAGUGAGUUUGAAACUAGAAGUUGAACUGUAGCUGACAUCUCAUUGGUGCAUUAAUCUAGUACCAAGUUUAUUGUAAUUUACCACAUAAAAAGACUAUUUAUUUGUAGAACUUUGUUGCUUUUCUCUUGCGAUUGUCCAAUCAAUGAGAAUUUGGUUGAUUCAGAGCUUAAUGACCAACAAAUUCACCAGUUGACCAGUUUAAACUUGUACCAUAGCGGAGCUCUAAUUGGCACAUUUAUUUGUAAUAUUGAUAAUAAAGAAUAGUCUGUAAGUUUGUAUCAGUUGGCCACAAUAUUUACCACAUAAGAAGACCAACUAUUGGUAGAUUCCAUGUAAUCAAAUGUGAGAAUUUUGCUGUUUUUCUUUUGCGAUUGUCCAAUCAAUGAAAAUUUGGUCAAAUUAGAGCAUAAUGACCAACAAAUUCACCAGUUGACCAACUAUAACAUUUACUAAAUUAGAUUUUUUGGAAUCAGUCCCAUUUUUCCAACCAAUGGAGGUUUUAAAGUGAGUUCGUAACUCCUCCAGAGGCUAAAACUGUAACUGUAGCUGACAUCUAAUUGAUGCAUUUAUCUGUGAUAUUGAUAAUCAAGAAAAGUUUGCAAGUUUGAAUUAGUUGGCCACAAUUUUAUAUGUAAUUUAUCACAUAAAAAGACCAAUUAUUUGUAGGACUUUGCUACUUUUCACUUGCAACUGUCCAAUCAAUGACAGUUUGGUUGUAUUAGAGCAUAAUGUCCAACAAAUUCACCAGUCAAUCAAAUAUAAUGUUUAGUACGUUAGAUUUUUUGGAAUUUAGCCCAUUUUUCUAACCAGUGGAGGUUUUAAAGUGAGUUUGAAACAAGAAGUUGCACUGUAGCGAAGCUCUAAUUGGUGCAUUUAACUGUAAUAUUGAUAGUAAAGAAAAGUCUGUAUGUCUCAAUCAAUUGGCCACUAUAUUCUUUGUAAUUUACCAAAUAAGAAGACCAAUUAUUUGUAGAUUCUUGGUCAUAUUUCAGCGUACUGACCAACCAAUGGACCGGUUAACCUGCAGACUACAACUUUAUCCGUAAUUAUUAAUAAACAAUGUAUUAAAAGUUAAAAACACCCUGAAGAUUGCACAAAUCCAGUGCACAGAUUUGAGGUUUUAUGCUUUUUUGGGUCAGUUUUUCUGUAAAGCACAAAAAAAUAUUUGGUCACUUUGGUAUCAAAUAUGUCCUCACAGUCUAUUAGAGAUGUAUUGAUGGUUGAAAAGGUGUUUCAGACGGGAUGGGGAUGGUUUUCUUUCAUUGUGACUUUAAAAAAGUGCAGAGUUGAGUCACAAACAUGUUUUUGGAGGUCGGGCUGAGGUCAGGGUUGAACUGUGGAGACAAACCGACUCUGCUUCCACCACUAUCUGCUAUUUAUACCACGUUUUUUAAUCUAUAUAACGGUGUCUGUUAUGUACAGAAAAUGUAAUUUCCUGUGAAGAUGUUGACACGUUUUGAGUCCCCUCUGCGACUUUUAUCUGCAUGAUUCUGGUUCGGUCUGGAUCAGCGUUUUUCUGUCUCAUGAUGCUACUGAGAGCAAUUUACUGACUGCACUCGUUGUCUUAAUAUCCUAACUACUGUUACGUAACGGCUCACCAUGUUCCUUUAUGAGAGCGGAGAGUUGCUGUUUGCUCAGAAAACACGAAUGACCUGCAGAAAACCCUCUGGCCUGCCUGUAGUUCCACUUCUGCCGGGACAAAAUGACACAAAUCUGCAAAAAAAUCAGCUUAAAGCAACAAUCAGGUUGACAUAAAUCUGACAUCAGAGGUGUCAGUUAACAUACAAAUACCUGCAGUUUUGUGUUGUUUGUCCUCGACAGCAUCAAGUCGGUGCAAUAGAGCUUUCCCUCAAACCACAACAAAAAAAUCUGAAGGAAAGGGCUUUAACUGUUGUUCAGCUGUGACCUGAACUUUGAAAAUCUGCUGCAGAUUGUUGUAAAUGCCGAGGUGUAACUGUCUGAUUAAAACGAGACGUUCUGUUUACUGUC